UUGAUAAACUCAAAAACUAUAAACUAUAAUAUAUUAAUAGGUAUAAUUUUUUGUUUACAUUUAAAUCAUUAAUAGUAUUUAGUAUUUACUCAAGCACACUACGCAUUCAAUAGUUGGCGCACGAGGCACGACCAUAAAAAUACUCCCGAACGAUUUUUUACUAUCACACGGUGACCAACUACCAUACAAUACACACAUGUAACGGUAGUAAAACGUUCUGCACAGCAACCGGUACGUUAUGGCCUGGACCUAUGGGGGGCGACAGCACUAUAGUCACUACACAAGUACACAAUAAAACGCUGAUCAUGGCUAACCGGCAACCAUCAACCAUUAACCAGUGUAUAACACGUUUCUCUAUCGGCCAAUCCCUUUCGAGUAUUCAACCAGUCGCGCUGUAUGCCUAUACAUACCAUCAACGAUCAACCAAGGCCCAAGCUUCAAUGGAAUGGCAAGAUGAUGAAGUAAUAUUAUUAUUAGAUUUAUAUGGUAAAUUUAUUCAAGAAGUUGGCCAAGGUAAAAUGUUCAAAACUUUAGAAGAUUUGUGGAUAGCAGUGGGAUUAGAAAUAACUCAUUCGUACAGUGUCCUGAGAUCCUCACUAGAUUGCAAGAAUAAGUUUAAUUCCCUUAAAAUUUUAACAAUUACUUCUGAAUCAGAAAUUUUGACUAAGAAUUCCCAUCUUUUCACUAAUGGAUCAAAUUUUGAUCCAAUAUCUACUAAAAAAGUUGUAAAAGUUGAAAAGUGGAUUCAACUUCAAAUUCUGGAGGAGGAUGAUACAGCGGUUCUAGCUGAGGAAAUAUAUGUUUUACGAUUUCCAAAGGAUGAUAUUAUGGAGGAAGAAUAUGACCUCUGCAUUCAAGAUGAUGACAUCGAUCUUCGUAGUGAUGAAUUUUAUGUUUUUGACAAUCAGGAGAACGAUAUUGAAAAUGAGAACGUAUAUGAUUUCAGCAUUCAAGAGGACGUUGAGGAUUUAAUGUCAAAAUAUGAUCCUCGCUUGGUACAGGCAAUUUCUGUGUUAAUAGAAGAAUGUGAUGAGUAAACAUAUAUUUUAUUGUAUUUAAAAGUGUAGAAUUGUAUUUAAAAAUGUUUAUUUAUUUUGAUUAUUAAAACAGAAAAUGUCUUUAUUCAACAACUAUGUGUAAUCUAU